AUGGAAUCCACCAACAUGUCCUAUCUGAACCCAAGGACAGUGACUUUGAUUGGGAUCCCUGGACUAGAGCAUGUGCAGUUUUGGAUUGGGUUUCCAGUCUUUGGAGUGUGCCUAGUGGCCUUUUUGGGGAACAUCUUUUUGUUAAUCAUUAUCACUACAGAACGCAGUCUGCAUCAACCUAUGUACAUCUUCUUGGCAGUAUUGGCAGCAACUGACUUAGGUCUCUGUGCAGCUAUUGCUCCUAAGAUGUUGGCCAUCUUCUGGUUUGGCUCUUGCUCCAUGGCUUUUGAUGCCUGUCUCACCCAACUCUUCUUUAUUCAUGCCUUGCAAGGCGUGGAAUCUGGCAUCCUCUUGGCAAUGGCCUUUGACCGUUAUGUUGCCAUCUGUGAUCCUUUGAGACACACAUCUAUCCUCACACCUUUAUUUCUAUUUUGGGUGGUCCUGAUAGUGACAAUCCGGGCAAUGGUGCUUGUUGGGACUUUGCCCAUUCUACUCAAACGACUGCAAUUUUUCCACUCUGUGGUUAUUGUCCAUUCUUACUGUGAGCACAUGGCUGUAGUCAAGCUGGCUGUAGAAGAUGUCCAUAUUAACAAAUCAUAUGGGCUCUUUGUGGCUUUUGCAAUUCUAGGUUUUGACAUGACCUUUGUCUUCAUUUCCUACCUUCUGAUUUUUCAUACUGUUUUCCGUCUUCCCCAGAAAGAGGCACGACUCAAAGCAUUCAAUACUUGUUCCGCUCAUAUUGUUGUCUUCCUAGAGUUUUAUAUCCUUGCCUUUUUUUCUUUCUUCAGCCAUCGUUUUGGUCAUGUGUCUCCUUAUGCCCACAUCCUCUUGUCUACCAUCUAUCUGCUUGUGCCUCCUGCUCUUAACCCUAUCGUCUAUGGUGUGAAGACCAGGGAUAUCCGCAGACGGGUUGUUCAAAUUUUUAUUCAGAAGCCCGACACUCAGCAAUAA